AAUCUCACGUAUGUUCCUGAAAACAUUCCAAUCAAUACUACUACAUUGGAUUUAUCAUUUAACCAACUAACCACCAUCAGAAACAAAGAUUUCCAACUUUUAGACAAUCUGGUUUGCUUAAUUCUCAGCUUUAAUCCUAUUUCUCAUAUAGAAGAAGAAGCUUUUGUAGGAUUGGAAAAACUGGCUGAUUGUUUUUUGGAUAAUGACUUCAUCUUAACACACGGUAGACGUUUAUUUCAACCCUUAAAGAAACUUGAACAAUUAGAUUUAUCCAGAAAUAAUUUGAUCAAGCUUCCAAAAGAUAUAUUUAAAUCUCUGAAUCAACUGAAAAUUAUAAAUCUGGCAUUUAAU